AUGGUUCUAUUGUCAAGAAAAGCUACAUGCAACAGCCACGGCCAAGACUCUUCGUAUUUCCUUGGUUGGGAAGAGUACGAGAAGAAUCCUUACGACGUUAUCAAGAACCCUCAAGGCAUUAUCCAGAUGGGUCUUGCUGAAAAUCAGUUAUGCUUUGAUCUACUAGAGUCAUGGCUUGAACAGAACCAAGACGCAGCCUGUUUCAAGCAAGAUGGCCAGUCUAUUUUCCGGGAACUCGCUCUCUUUCAAGACUACCAUGGCCUCUCUUCCUUCAAAAAUGCCUUGGCUGACUUCAUGUCAGAAAAUAGAGGAAACCGAGUCUCUUUCGAUUCAAACAACCUUGUCCUCACUGCUGGAGCCACUUCCGCAAACGAAACUCUAAUGUUUUGUCUAGCAGAUCCCGGUGACGCUUUCUUGAUUCCCACGCCAUAUUAUCCAGGGUUUGAUAGGGAUCUAAAAUGGCGAACCGGGGUUGAGAUUGUACCAAUCCAAUGCUCAAGUACUAACGGGUUUCAAAUAACGAAACUUGCACUGGAAGAAGCCUACGAGCAAGCCAAGAAGCUUGACCUAAACGUCAAAGGAAUACUCAUCACCAACCCAUCUAACCCUUUAGGCACGACAACAACCCGAACCGAACUCAACAUUCUAUUUGAUUUCAUCUCCAAGCAUAAGAAUAUACAUUUAGUUAGCGACGAGAUAUAUUCAGGCACAGUAUUCAACUCUUCAGAAUUCGUCAGCGUCAUGGAGAUUUUAAAAAACAAUAAACUCGAAAACACUGAUGUUUUUAACCGUGUCCACAUUGUUUAUAGUUUAUCUAAAGAUCUAGGCCUCCCUGGUUUUAGAGUUGGAGCCAUUUACUCCAACGACAAAGAUGUCAUCUCUGCCGCUACAAAAAUGUCUAGUUUCGGUCUUGUCUCCUCUCAAACACAAUACCUACUAUCCUCAUUACUAUCCGACAAGAAGUUUACCAAGAACUACCUUAGAGAGAACCAAAACAGGCUCAAGAAUAGACAAAGAAAGCUCGUGUCUGGUCUAGAGGCCAUAGGGAUCAAAUGUCUUGAUGAAAGUAACGCGGGACUCUUUUGUUGGGUCGACAUGAGACAUCUACUUGGCUCUAAAACGUUUGACGCAGAGAUGGAUCUUUGGAAGAAGAUUGUUUACCAAGUGAAGCUCAACAUCUCUCCUGGUUCGUCGUGCCAUUGUGUAGAACCUGGUUGGUUUAGGGUUUGUUUCGCGAACAUGAGUGAGGAGACAUUAAAGCUUGCUUUGAAGAGAUUGAAGAAGUUUGUUGACGAUGAAACUUCAAAGAGGAGCUGCCAAAAGAGUGAAAGCCAAAGACUAAAGGGUUCGAGGAAGAAAAAGAUAACAAAUAUCUCUAACUGGGUUUUCCGACUGUCGUUUCAAGACCGUGAAGCUGAUGAACGAUAG